UCAUAUCCAGUAUUCACAAUUCUUUCUCUCUCUGCUCUCUCUCCCUCUAAAGUGGGUUCAUGGCUCGAAGAACCAUGGGUGUGGGCAUGGGUCUGGUCACAGCCAUUUUGAUUGUGGGUGCAGCCAUUGGUGGAGCCAAUGGAGAUGCCAUGGUCAGUGGCUCAGUCUUCUGUGACCAAUGCAAAGAUGGCCAAGUUUCCCUUUUUAUGGAUUACCCUCUCACUGGAGUAAAAGUAGCAAUGGCUUGCCCGGGGCAGGGCGGGCAGCUCAAGGUGAUUAGCGAAGAAACUACAAAUUUUCUAGGGAGCUACGUAAUGCGGUUUGAUGGGGCACGGGAUAUGAGUGGUUGCCGGGCACAGGUUUCCGGCGACGGGCAAGGGUGUCGGGCAGUUGCCGGUCCUGCCCAGAGCUUGAAUCUCGUGUUUCAAAUGUUUGAUACUUCGAUUUAUACCGUUGGUCAUUUGAUUUCCCAACCUGCCCAACCAAUGCCCAACUGCCCGCGGUCAUCUUCACCUGUGCCCACGCCGGUAACACCAACAUUGCCUCCUCCGGCCAAGUCUCCGCCUGUUCUUCAACCACCGCCACUACCAAGGUUGCCGCCCAUGCCGCCAGUUCCGUUCUUGGAAGCUUCAGCUUGCCCAUACCGCAUGUGGACAAUGCCGGAGCACGAGUGUUAUUGGAGGGUGCUAGCCCCGGACCUAAAAGUGUCAUUUGUAUUCGGACCACUGGCAGCAAGGAAAUACGGGAAUGAUAUUACACUGCGUGGAAGCAUGACUGGUCGUGGGGACCCAUACAAAACCCUUUUAAGAGAAGCUACAACUGCACUUUUAAACUCUUACAAUAGUAUCCAAUUCCCCUAUCAUCCAUUCGAUGUUGUUCAACACUUAAAUAUGGCCUUGAUUGGAGGAUCCACACGACAAGUUCUCAUGACUGCUCUUCAGUUCCUUAGGGCAAAUUCGGGUCGACCUGGAAAUGUUACGUGCAAGUUCACAACUUGCAACUAAAAUGGUUGUUUCCGUGUCAAAACUUGUUCUUAUGUUAAAAUCGAGUAUAUUUUGACUGAUUACUAUUCGGAUAUUAUUUUUAUAAUAUAUGAUAUAUGUGAG